AUGAGAAUCCUUCAGGAAGCUCUUUUCCGUUCGAAUAGGGGGGUUAAAUCGAAACUACGAGUUUCGUUUGUACGAAACACUUCUUCAACAGCUAAAGAACUCGAUUUUUUGCAGAAAAGAAUUGAACAAAUACCCAUUGAAAACUAUCGAAAUUUCUCAAUUGUAGCGCAUGUUGAUCAUGGGAAAUCAACUUUAAGCGAUCGAUUGUUGGAGCUUACGGGCGUUAUUGAAGCGGGUUCGAACAAGCAAGUUUUGGACAAGUUGGAAGUCGAGCGAGAACGUGGUAUCACUAUAAAAGCUCAAACGUGCACGAUGUUUUACCAUGAUAAACGAGUCGAUAAGGAUUAUUUGUUGCAUCUGGUCGAUACGCCUGGUCACGUUGACUUUAGAGCUGAAGUUUCGCGGUCUUAUGCGUCGUGUGGUGGUGCGCUUUUGCUUGUAGAUGCCUCACAAGGCGUACAGGCUCAAACCGUAGCGAAUUUCUAUUUGGCGUAUUCGAUGAAUUUGAAGCUAAUUCCGGUGAUAAACAAGAUAGAUUUGGAAAUUGCUAAUAUUCCACAAGCUGAAAGUCAGAUAGAUUCGACGUUUGAAUUGCCAAAAGACGAAAUUAUUAAAGUUAGUGCCAAAACCGGCCUGAACGUUAAGGAGCAUCUUUUACCGGCUAUCAUCGACAGAAUUCCUCCACCAGCUGGGAAGCAAGAUAAGCCCUUUCGAGCGCUUCUGGUUGAUUCCUGGUAUGAUUCUUAUCUGGGAGUCGUAAUGUUGGUCCAUAUAGUUGAUGGGAAGGCUAAAAAGGGCGACAAGAUAACGAGUGCUCAGACCCAAAAAAAGUAUGAAAUCAAAGAGCUGGGUAUAAUGUUUCCAGAUCGCACACCAAUGAAUUCUUUAGGAACUGGCCAAGUGGGUUACUUAGUGCUCGGGUUAAAAGAUUCCAAAGAUGCUAAAAUUGGUGACACUUUGAUGCAUACCGGUCGCGAACAAGUGACUGAAGUUCUGCCCGGGUUCGAAGAACCGAAACCAAUGGUUUUUGUCGGUGCGUUCCCCGCAGAUGGUGUCGACUUUAAAGGAUUAGACGACGAUCUGGGUAGAUUGGUGCUUAAUGACCGUUCUGUUUCGCUUCAGAGAGAAACUUCUAACGCCCUGGGCCAGGGCUGGAGGUUAGGAUUUCUCGGAUCGCUACACGCGUCCGUUUUUCGAGAGAGACUGGAAAAAGAAUACGGAUCUAAAUUAAUCAUUACGCAGCCCACCGUGCCUUAUGUGCUAAAAUUCAACGACGGUUCCCAACAGAUAAUCACGAACCCGGACGAUUUUCCGGAUCUUUCGCUUCGCAAAAGCAAGAUACACUCUCUUCAAGAACCAUUUGUCGAAGCGAUAAUGACUCUGCCCCAAGAGUAUGUCGGAAAUGUCAUCAAGCUCUGUGAAAAUAAUAGAGGCAUUCAAGUCGAACUCACCUACUUGGACAUAACGGGCCAAGUGAUGUUGAAAUACCAAUUACCACUAGCGCAUCUCGUGGAUGAUUUUUUUGGCAAGUUAAAGUCUCUUACGAAAGGUUACGCUUCGCUGGAUUACGAGGACAUCGGAUAUAAGCCAUCCGAUAUUGUUAAGCUUGAGCUUUUACUCAACGGGAAAGGUGUCGAUGCCUUGGCGCAGGUCAUGCAUAGGUCCCAAGUGGAAAAAGUAGGUCGAGAAUGGGUCAAGAAAUUCAAAGAGUUCGUAAAAUCUCAACUUUUUGAAGUUGUUAUACAGGCCAAAGCUUGUAACAAGGUUGUUGCUCGUGAAACUAUCAAAGCUAGAAGGAAAGACGUUCUUGCCAAGUUACAUGCUUCAGACGUUUCACGAAGAAAGAAGCUUCUUGAGAAACAGAAAGAGGGCAAAAGACACAUGAAGAGCGUGGGCAACGUACAAAUUAACCAAGAAGCAUAUCAGGCUUUUCUACGCCGCUGA